ACAGUUAUUGUGGAAAGAGCAGGAUCUUUCCCGGGCAUUCUCGUACCACCUUUCUCUGCAUCAUCAAAUCUCCCUACUCGAAGAAAACGCAUAGACGAAUUUUUUUCCCAACACCUGAAGUCUAUCCCGGCACUGAGUGACCAAUCACGGCAAUCUGGAGAGUGCUGGUCAGCUGACUUCAUUAGGUCUCCUUAAUUGCAGGAGCAGAUUUCUGGCGGACAAAGGCAAUUCCAGAGAAGGGCAUUCCGUCGAUCAAGACUACUGAUGGUCCUAAUGGCGCUCGAGGAGAAUUCUUCACAAAUGGCACACCCGCAGCAUUAUUCCCAUGCGGUAUUUCCAUGGCAUCAACCUGGAAUCUGGAUUUGCUAGAAGAGAUAGGUCGUCAUCUAGGAGACGAGGCAAAGGCGCGUGGCGCUAAUGUCCUCCUGGCACCCACUGUUUGCAUGCACCGCUCGCCACUGGGAGGACGCAACUUCGAGUCAUACUCAGAGGAUCCGUACCUGACGGGAAAGCUUGCGGCAUCCUACAUCCGCGGACUUCAGAGCAAAGGAAUUGCCGCCACUAUUAAACAUUUCGUGGGAAAUGAGCAGGAGACACAAAGACAAGGCUAUAAUGCCGUGAUUGCGGAACGGCCUCUUCGGGAGAUCUACCUUAGGCCUUUUGAGAUCGCGGUUCGCGAAGCCUCACCGUGGGCUUUGAUGAGUGCCUACAACCUGGUCAAUGGGAUCCAUGCGGACGAGUACGAGCAUACUCUAAAAGACAUUCUUCGCGGCGAGUGGGGAUGGGAUGGAACCGUGAUUUCUGACUGGACUGGAACCUAUGCAACAGCUCCGUCAAUCCGCGCAGGCGCUGAUAUCGAGAUGCCCGGCCCAUCCAAGUGGCGAAAGAUGGAGCAGAUUCAAGACUGCCUCGAUAAGGGUGAGAUUACACGCGAAGACAUUGAGAAGUGUGCAGCAAGAGUUCUACAUCUGGUCGAGCGAACCAAGGGGCUUGGCAACAUGACCCCUGAGCCGCCAGAGAGGUCGAACAACAAUGCUGAAACCAGUAACCUGAUUCUACAGACUGCUAUAGAGGGUUUGACCCUGCUGAAGAACGAGCACAAGGUCCUGCCUCUUCGCGGUGUUAAGAAGAUUGCAUUGAUCGGACCAAACGUCAAGCGUGCUAUUGCUGGAGGCGGUGGAAGUGCUGGACUGAAACCGUAUUACACGACGACACCAUGGGAAGGCGUCCGAUCCCGGUUCGAGGGAGAGCUUGUUUUCGCGCAAGGCUGCGACAGCUCCAAGUGGAUGCCGCUUGCAACGCCCUACGUCACAGCGCCAGACGGCCAACCCGGAGUGAGGCUGGAAUACUACCAUGGUGACAAGUUUGAGGGCGAGCCAGCUGUUGUUCAGCACAAGGCUGGUACCGAUCUCUGGCUAUGGGACUCCGCACCGAAGGAAGUGCUUCCCGCCUUCUCUUUCAAGGUCAAGGCUAUCCUGACACCUACUUCUACGGGCAACCACACCUUCAGCUUCGCAUCUGUUGGACCUGGAAGACUCUUCAUCAACGGCGAGCUCUUUAUUGAUAUCUGGGAUUGGACUGAAGAGGGCGAGGCCAUGUUCUCCGCUUCCGAAGACGUGCUGAAGUCGAUCCAUCUGGAGGAGGGCAAGCCGGUGGAGUUGCUUGUAGAGAGCACCAGUGAGGUCCGUCCUGCAUCCAAGGUGGCUGUUCUCGGUCGCCAGUACGAUUAUGGCGGAUGCCGCAUUGGAUAUCAAGAGGAGGACAAGGUUGACAGGCUAAAAGAAGCUGUUGAUGCCGCAAAGAGCGCAGAUGCAGCCGUCUUGGUUGUUGGACUCGAUGCUGAAUGGGAAUCGGAAGGCUAUGACAGACAAACUAUGGAUCUUCCCAAGAACGGUUCACAAGAUCGCCUGAUCGAGGCUGUGCUUGCCGCCAACCCACGUACAGUCGUAGUCAACCAGUCGGGCACGCCAGUUUCCAUGCCUUGGGUUGAUCGUGCACCAGCCAUUCUGCAGGCUUGGUACCAGGGACAAGAGGCUGGAAACGCGCUUGCAGACGUCCUCUUUGGUAAUCAGAGCCCUAGCGGAAAGCUCCCUGCUACAUUUCCCAAACGGUUAGAGGACAAUCCAGCCUACCACAACUGGCCCGGCGAGAAUCUUAAAACAGUGUACGGCGAGGGGAUCUAUAUCGGAUACAGGCACUACGAGCGCGCACGGAUUGCUCCACUGUUCCCCUUCGGUCACGGCUUGACGUACACGACGUUCGAAUAUGGUACCCCUACUCUCAGCAACACUGUCCUCACAGAGAGCCAAGGCAUCGAAAUCACCGUCCCCGUUACAAACACUGGCUCUGUCGCUGCACCUGAGAUCGUGCAAGCCUACGUCAGCGAUGUCAAGUCUACACUUCCACGACCCGAGAAGGAAUUGCAGGCAUUCGGCAAGGUGAUGCUCAAGCCUGGAGAGACGAAGUCGGUCACUCUGAAGCUGGACAAGUAUUCAGUGGGAUACUUCAAUACCUCGUUAAACCAGACUGGUUCCUGGAUUGCAGAAGCGGGUGACUUUGAGGUGUUGAUUGGCGCAUCCAGUGCGGAUAUCAGAUGCAAGGUCAGCUUCGAGGUGAAGGAAUCGUUCCAAUGGAUUUUCUAAAAGCGAAAUUUUGGAUGGGAUUAGGGCCUUUUUGAUGGUUGCUUCAAAUUCCUUUUUGCAGAGCGGGCGCUUGGAGUUUGAGGCGUAUCGACACCCCUGCUAAGGGUGAAUCAUGUGUCUGUUAUACAUUGUCGUAGUGGAAUACUUGCUUGUAGCUUGAACUGAGGGCUGCCAAGUAUGCUGUCAGUGUGGC